AUGCGGCAAGAGCUACACUCUACACGGGGACAAGCUGCGUUUUCCGACGGUCAACGUGGCCUACCUCCCGCGGCAAAACGACCAGGCAAGCUCGAGAAGCGUCCCUCACGCUCAAUUCCUCUGGAGAUCCGAAAGGCCCUUCCUAAACAAGGCGGAAAAGAGAUCUGCCUUCGUUUUCUUUCCAAGGAAGGGUGUCGAGGCGAAAACGGAGCCUGUGUCGACACAAAUCGCUGCCAUUUUAAGCCAGCAGUAUUACCUCAGGCGGUUCGUGAAUUUAUCGCUAAGAAAUUUGGAGGAAUAUCAAGUGACAUGCAGUGA